AUGUUUGCCUUCACAUACAAGCUCGACCCAGCCCUCCUCCUCUUCAUCUCCCUCCUCAUUGUCGUCGCCGCCUACCAUAUCUCCUUCAGCCACGCCGCAGCAAUGCCAAAACCGCCCGCCGAAGACUUCUCUCCCGUACCCAACGCCGACUCCAGCAUCUCCAAGCGCGAUGACCUCGGCGUGCGCUCCCCCGAAAGCCCCGUCCUUGUACCAUCCCGGGCUCCAACUAACAACCCCUUCCAGGUCUACCUCUGCAACAGCGCCAACUGGACCGGUGUCUGCAGACACAUGCUACUCGACACGCCCCAAAAUGUCUGCCACAACCUGAGCGCCAUCGAAGCGGAGGGCGGCGUCUCGUCUUUUGGGCCGGAUGAGGGCGUGAGUUGCUUGGUGUAUGACGACUACGGCUGCGACUCUGAAGACGACGGCGAUAUGUGGGGGUUCAGUUACCCGGGCGAGGGAGACCUGGCGUCACGUGGGUGGGACAAUAGGAUCUUGAGUUAUAAGUGUUUUCGCACCUAUGAUCCUGAAGGCUGA